GGACGGGAAAUGCUGGCCAAGCCAAUUAUGGAAUGGCUAAUUCAGUAAUGGAACGUGUAAUUGAGUAUCGCAACAAAGACGGCUUGCCAGGCAAAGCUAUUCAAUGGGGAGCAGUCGGUGAAGUAGGCUUAGUAGCUGAUAUGGCAGAAGAAAAAAUAGACAUGGAAAUUGGAGGCACCCUCCAGCAAAGAAUUUCAUCGUGCAUUCAAGAACUUGAUCAUUUACUGAGUUCCGAUGCAUCAAUUGUAUCAAGCAUGGUCGUUGCUGAAAAACGAGUUGGGCGAUCAGGAAAUGAAAGUAUUAUUGGUGCCGUCAUGAAUAUUAUGGGAAUAAGGGACCUUAAAUCAGUAUCUUUAGGAACAACACUAUCAGAAAUGGGUAUGGACUCAUUAAUGGCUGUUGAAAUUAAGCAAACCCUAGAGCGUGACUUUGAGCUAAUUUUAUCACCACAAGAUUUACGACUCCUCACUUUCCAAAAACUUCAAGAGUUUAUUGAGGCCAGAGAAAAAGAGAAUACAGAUGGAAUCAAAAAGAUUUUUGCCUCAGAAAGUAAGCUCUUAGGGAUGGACCUACUGAUACGAAACCUAGGCGACGAAACAAACUGUGAUCGUAUAAUUAUCCCGCUUAAGACCUCCGCAUCUCCUUCAAAACAGAGUCUUCCACCAAAUAUUAUAGUACCUGGACUAGAGGGUACAGCUGGACGUGCAUGGUAUCAAGUUGGCUUGAACUUGCAAAGCAGGGCUGUUGUACUACAACUUCAUCAGUUCGCACAUUUGGAAAAUCUUAAAGAUUUAGCACAACAGAGUUUUGAACAAGUUAAACCCAUUUUAAAGCAAACAGAACCUUUUUAUUUAAUCGGAUACUCAUAUGGAACAUUUUUAGCUUUACAGCUAGCUGAGUUGCUUGAAAAUUGCGGUUUUCGUGGACAUAUAAUGUUGAUAGAUGGAGCACCUCAUUUUUUAAAAAAGCUAACUAAUCUGCAUUUGGGUGAACAGUUUUCGGAUAACGAUCUUUAUGAUCUUCUUUUUUCUAGUAUUGUUAAUCAGAUAUUUCCUGAAGAAACCAAAGAAUCGAUGUCUGAAGUUUUUCAUAAAGUUGAAAGUCUCUCAGAAAAAAUGUCAUUGUUUAUGGACUAUGUUAAAAAACAGAAUAUAUACAGCAAAGAAUACUCUGCGACAAUGGUGGAAGCCAUGUUCAAGAGAGUUAAAAUGGCCGCUUCCUUUGAUUUAAAUAAUCUAAAAAAAAUUAAAUCGCCAAUUACCUUAGUCCGACCGGCUGAAGUUUCACUGCAAGACAUUGAUGAAGACUAUUGUAUUUCACUACUGACA